AUGACCGCAGGAAAAGAGGCGCCGUGGGCCACAGCCCCUCCUCAAGACCAGCUCUUCGUCCUCAUCACCGGCGCAAACAGCGGUAUUGGCCUGAGUAUCGGCGAACGCCUGAUCGACGAGUUCUUCGCGACGAGGAGCCUGACCGCCCACCUCACCCUCCUCCCCACGACCCGCUCCGAGGGGAAAUCUCGAGAGACGAUAGCCCACCUCCGUGCGUACGCUGACAAGGCUGCACGGAGCGAUGCGUUGAGGUCGAGAACUGGUGGGGAAGGCGACCACGCGCAGAGGAUACACAUUCUCUCCGUGCAGGUCGACCUCUGCGACAUCAGGGCCAUCUAUAACCUGGCCGAGGACUUGUGCGAGGAGACCAUCAGCAACCCCAAGGGGACGGAGGGUCCCGAUGGCGAGUUGGUUAAUGUGUCCAUCCCCCGCCUGGAUGCUGUCAUCUUCAACGCCGGCUUUGGCGGCUGGAGUGGUGUCAACUGGCCCGUGUUGAUAUGGCAGUUCCUCACGCAGGGCCUCAUGAACUCGGUCACAUGGCCCGAGUGCAAAGAUGCGAUCCCGACACUGGCGUUGAACAAUCGCAAAGAAUACGACUACCCUGCCAAACCACUGCUCGGCGAGGUCUUCACCGCUUGCUUGUUUGGCCACUACCUCCUCGCCCACCGCCUGCUGCCCCUCUUAUCACGACCCGUAGGAUCAGACCUCCACCCGGGUCGGAUCGUCUGGAUGUCUUCCAUCGAGGCCGUCGGAGCCUCCUUCUCGCUCGCGGACUUCCAGACCUUCGACCCUUCGUCCACGCCCUACGAAUCUGUCAAGAGGCUCACUGACAUUCUCUCGCUCACGUGCACGCUGCCCUCUGUGAAACCAAUUUCGACAUCGUACCUGACGACAGAGGAGGAGGAGGAGGAGCGCACGCCGCCCAAGAUGUACCUCAUGCAUCCCGGCAUCGUGGCGUCCAAAUUCUUCCCGCUCGCUAGCUGGCUCUUUGGCCUGUACCGCUUCGUCAUGUUCUUUGCGCAGUGGUGGGGCUCGCCGUGGCACACGACGGACGCGUACCCGGGCGCAGCAGCAGCAACCUACCUGGUCCUUGCGCCCCAGGAGAAGCUCGAUGCCGAGGCGGCGGAGAGGAUCAAGUGGGCGAGUGCGGUCAAUGCCAUGGGCGACAGCCGCAUCCGUGAUACCGAGGUGGACGGGUGGGGCUUCAGUGGCAAGGUCGAGCCGAUAGGCGAUGAGGAGGAGGUAGAGUACGCGAUGAGGAAGAGGGUCGGCCGUCACAGGGAUGCAAAGGACGUGACGAGCGAGCAGAUUGUCCAGUUUGAGGAAUUGGGCAAAGAGUGCUGGGAGCAAAUGGAGGAGCUGCGCGAGGAGUGGGAGGAGAUUUUGGAAUUAACAGACUAA